AUGGAGCAGGAACGAGAGGGCAAGUUAGAGGGUGAAGUGAAGCUUUUGGUACAAUCCGUACCAACCAGAUGGAAUUCUGUCUACCAUAUGCUUAAAAGAUUCACACUAAUGUCCCCAUAUAUAGCUGCAAUAUUGGUAGAUCCCUCGGUUAAAAAAGCACCAAGGAUGAUUUCUGGUUCAGACAUAAAACUAAUCACUGAAAUUGUAACCAUUUUAUCGCCUUUCAAUGAGGCCACAAAGGAGAUCUCGGGUUCGCAGUACAUUACUGCUAGCCUUGUAAUCCCCCUUGUGUCUAUUAUGGAAAGAUCUUUAAAAAACCUCAAGUCAAACCUUAGUACAGCCCAAAAUUUAUGCCAAAAGCUUAUAACUAGCCUUAAAGAGAGGGGCACUAAGCUUCUACGAAACCCCCUGCUUUGCCACGCUACAAUCACGGACCCGACGUUCAAAAAACUAUGUCUGAAUCCGUCUAUAGCGGAGACAGUCACAUCCAAUUUAGGCUCGGAAGUUAGGACGUACCUUACAGAAAUCGUAAAACUUUCUCCUUCCUGCUCCUUCCAGAAUGAAGAAGCCAAAGUGAGUUUAAAAUCAAACCCUCUUUGGUCUUCACACGAUCUGGAGUUGGUGAACCGUGGUUCCAGUUCAAGUUCUCAGGACACACGGAUUCAAAGUUCUUUUCCAAAUGAACUGACUCUAUAUCUGCAGCAGCCUUUGCUGCCGAGAUUGAGUGAUCCGUUUGCAUUCUGGGAGCAGAACAGAACCUGUAUGCCAGGCUUGGCUUUUAUAGAUAAAAAAUACAUGUCGUUGGUCGGAAGUUCGGUGGCAUCAAAGAGAUUGGUGUCAUCAUUGAAUGAUAUUGUGUCAGAUGAGAGAAACCGCUUAACCGACCAACAUAUAUAUGAACGAGUUUUUCUCAAUAGGCUUCAUGAAAAAUACUGGCCAGCAUAA